AUGAGUUAUUCGGGUAGUCGUGGACGUGGUUCAACUCAAAACUUACCACCGAAAAUGGCUCAUAAAGGUGGAAAUCCAAAACCAACUCCUUCAACACAACAACUUUAUUUAUUCGGAAAUAACGCAAAUCAUAGUCUUUACGCCAGCCAACAGCAAGUUCAGCCAAUAUACCAACAAGAUCCAAAAUAUCAACAAUACAACUCGAAAACAAAGUCAAGAGUUAGUAUUCAGCCUCAAUACCAACAAUCAGUAAAUCCAUCCAAUCAAAAGCGACCAAUUAUACAACAAGGCCCUCAAAAAACGGCUGUAAAAGAAGAGCCCAAAGAUAGCAGGAAUUUGUUCGGAAAUUCUCUGAAUAAUCAAAAACCUCCUCUUGCUUUCAACAUCGUUUCUCGUGGAAAUAUUCCAGGACUUGUAUUUCAACAGAUCUUAGUUAAUUCUUAA